CACUGGAGCCAUUUUAACUCUGAUUUUUCACCUUUCAGUCUUCAUUUAGUUAUCCUAGGAAAAUGGCAGAAUUAACUCACCCUUCUGUCCAAGACGGCUGGUUCAAGGAAGAAAGUCCGCUAUGGCCUGGACAAGCUAUGUCUUUACAAGUGAAGAAAAUUCUUCAUGUGGAGAAGAGUAAGUUCCAAGACGUCCUUGUUUUCGAGUCGGUGGCCCAUGGAAACGUUCUAGUGCUUGAUGGCGCAAUCCAAUGCGUGGAGAACGAUGAGUUUAGUUAUCAGGAAAUGAUUGCGCAUAUACCCCUCAACUCUCAUCCGAACCCGGAGCAUGUCUUAGUAAUUGGUGGUGGAGACGGUGGUGUAUUACGAGAAGUUUUGAAGCAUCCUUCUGUCAAAACCGCUGUGCUGUGUGAUAUCGAUGAAGCAGUUCCCCGAGUUUCGAAAGAUUACCUUCCACACAUGGCUGCCGGCUUUAACGAUCCUCGGGUGACCCUCUUCAUCGGAGAUGGCUUCCAGUUCUUGAGAGAUCAAGUCGGAAAAUUUGAUGUCAUCAUCACCGAUAGUUCUGAUCCAAACGAAGGUCCAGCGCAAACAUUGUUUGGAAUGCCAUAUUUCCAACUUUUGAAAAAUGCCUUGAGACCAAAUGGUUCGAUUUCAACCCAGGGAGAGUGCAUCUGGUUGCACUUACCACUCAUCCACUCGUUGAUCAAAGGAUCAAAGGACCUUUUCCCACAAGUCGAAUACGCUUACACUUCGAUUCCGACUUACCCCAGUGGAACCAUCGGCUUCGUCGUGUGCUCUCUGGAUAAAGACCGAAACCUAAAAAAGCCACUCCGACAGGUCCGCAACACUCGAUACUACAACAAGCGCGUACAUGAGGCUGCAUUUGUUUUACCCGAGUUCGCUCGUGCUACCAUCGCUGCUGCUAAAGUUGGGGAAGCUCCUCCUGCUCAUCAGAGCACGGUUCCUGCCGUCAUCACACCCGCGAAAAAGAAAAUCCUCCUCCUUGGGUCUGGUUUUGUUGCUCAACCCGCUGCCGAUUACAUCCUUCGCCGAUCUGACAACGAAUUGACGAUUGCCUGUCGUACAUUGGCAACUGCCAAGUCUCUUGCGGAAGAAUUAGUCAGAGACGCCAAUUACAUCUCGCUUGACAUCACGGAUACUGCUGCGUUGGACCGAGCGGUGUCGGAGCACGACUUGAUCAUCUCUUUGAUUCCAUAUAUACAUCAUGCAAGCGUCAUCAAGAGCGCAAUCAAAUACAAGAAGAAUGUUGUCACCACAAGCUACGUCAGCCCGGCGAUGAGAGCCUUAGAUCAGGAGGCUCAGCAAGCUGGCAUCACAGUACUCAACGAGAUUGGACUUGACCCCGGAAUCGAUCACUUGUACGCUGUCAAGACGAUUGAUGAAGUUCAUCAAAAGGGUGGCAAAGUCACAGGCUUCAUCUCCUACUGUGGUGGUCUACCUGCUCCUGAGAGCUCGAACAACCCAUUAGGAUACAAGUUCUCCUGGUCAUCAAGAGGAGUCCUCUUAGCUCUCUUGAAUUCUGCUAAGCUUUAUUCCAAGGGCAAACUCAUCGAGGUUGCAGGUCAAGAUUUGAUGAACCACGCAAACCCUUACUUUAUUUCACCGGCGUUUGCUUUUGUGGCUUAUCCCAAUCGAGAUUCGACACCAUUCAGAGAAUUCUACGCUAUUCCUGAAGCCGAGACUGUUGUUCGUGGAACGAUGAGAUAUCAAGGAUUCCCAGCUUUCAUUAAGACUUUGGUUGAUAUUGGGUUCCUCAAUGAAGCUGACCAAGCUUACUUGAAGCCUGAUGCCCAAAUCACUUGGAAUGAGGUCACCGCUCGAGUUCUCGGAGCUUCUGAUUCAAAUGAGAACACAUUGAUCGAGGCCAUCAAAGCUAAAACCACCUUCCCCACCGAAAGUGAGGCAGAGCGAAUUUUAUCCGGUUUACGAUGGAUCGGAGUCUUUGGUCAAGAAAAGGUCAUUGCACGUCGAAGUAUCUUAGACACUCUCUGUGCUACAUUAGAGCAAAAGAUGGCUUAUGGAAAAGGAGAGCGUGAUAUGGUAAUGCUUCAACACAAAUUUGAAAUCCAACUCAAGGAUGGAUCUAAGGUCAGUUCAAUGGAUAGCUAUCUGAAAUUUAGAGAUGUUGAUUUUUGAUGUUAUCGGUUUUUCACAAUAGCAAACUCGAACCUCGACCCUUCUUGAAUAUGGUGCACCAUUCCACACCGGGGAGGGACCUUCAGCAAUGGUGAGUGACUAUCAAACAUCUUCUUUCAAUGAACCGUAUUGACCAGGCACGUUUUGGAAUCUAGGCCAAAUUGGUCGGUGUGCCUUGUGGAAUUGCCGUCCAAUUAAUCUUGGAUGGCGUUAUCAACAAGCGCGGAAUUUUGGCACCAUAUACCCGUGAUAUCGUAGACCCACUCCUAGCAGAGGUUGAAAAGGAAGGUAUCACUAUGAUUGAAGCCAUCCUAU